UCCUCUUCGUUUGUUUUGCUCGAGGACGGUCAGCGCAACAUGAUACAAAGUGAGUCCGUGCGGCCGCAAUUACUGCUUUCUUUCCUAAAAUACAACGCGACAACAUGCUGUGUUCCUCGCGUUUAGCUCGAUAAAGUCAGGAGAAGUGACUUCGUGACUUGAGUCACCUGUUGCACCAGUUUCGACAGGUGCCACUUUCUGGCCACAACACGGACCAAUUCGCUUCGAGCGACUCUGGAAACUUGGAUUAUUUUUUUUAGAAGAUUUGGAUUUAUUUUGACAGCAGAUAUGAAAGUCACUGUCACGUUCGGGGACACGGUGGUGGUGGUUCCCUGUAAAGCUGGAUGGACCGUCCGGGACUUGGUGUCCCAGGCUACACGGAGAUACCGCCGAAUUCUGGAGCAGCAUGGUGAGUCUGCAGUGAAGACCCACCAUUUGGAGUACGGCGAAGGAGGGAUCCUGGACAUGGAUGACCUGCUGGCUGAUCUGGUGGAAGACAGAGACAGGCUGGUGGCAGUGUUCGAAGACGUCCCGAGUGGGAGGACCGACAGUCCGAGGGACGGCAUGUACAACGGCUACUCCAGUCCCAGCCCGGAGCCAUUCCAGUACCAUUCCACCCUGCAGUACCAAGAUCCAGUCAGAGGAGAGAUUGAAGUCAACGAGGCCAUUCUCAAAUCCAAUACGCCUCUGUUGGUAAGGAGCAGCAGUGAUUCGGCCUUGACCCCGGCCUUUGACGUGAGGACCACACCCCAAGCCAGUGAGCAGAGUACAAAGCCUGCAGAGAUGGAAAUUAGCGAUGUGUUACGAGGCGCUGUAGACCGCCUGCGCAAGGAGGAGCAGACCGCCAAGAUGAAGCAGUUUAACUUCAGUACCUUGACGAGGACGGUGACGCUUCCAGGUGACGAAGAACCGCUGGGUAUCCAUGUGGUCCCUUACUGCUCCUCACUCAGUGGACGGCCCCUGGGCCUCUACAUUAAGGGAAUUGAGGCGAACAGUCGCUCCAAGAGGGACAAUCUCUUCCAAGAGGACGAGUGUAUUGUCCAGAUCAAUGACACACCCCUCCACGACAAGACCUUUGCACAGUCUCAGGAGAUUUUCCGUCAGGCCAUGGCCCAUUCAAAGGUGUGUCUGGAAGUCCUCCCCGUGGCCAUCAAACCACGCUACGAGAAGAGCCUGAUAAGUCACCUGUUCACUGCCGACGGCAAUAAUUCAAGAACCAAGAGCCCAUUGUUGCUCCAUACCAAAGCCGGCUCCCAGCCAGAACUGAGACAAGAUUCCAUUAACCAAAUAGAAGCAAGACAACCUGACAUGCAUGCCAAGACUGCUCAAACAACUCCAGGGGAUCUUCACUCUGACAAAAGCUCCCCCACACCACCAGCGCUGACUGGGUCCCCCUCUUCAACCCCUAGAACCUACAGUCGGAGCCCUCUGGCUGGCAAGAACCCAGUUCUGCCGGGUCUGUCCAGCCUAAGCAACAAGAAGGGUGGGAAGAGAAUUAAAAUUGAUCUCAAGAAAGGUGCAGAGGGUCUGGGCUUCACCGUGGUCACCCGGGACAUGACGGUCCACAACCCCGGACCAAUCCUGGUGAAGAACAUUCUACCACGAGGUGCUGCAGUCAAAGAUGGCCGCCUGCAGCCUGGAGACCGCAUCUUAGAGGUGAAUGGCGUCGACAUGACGGGCCGUAGCCAAGAAGAACUCGUGGCCAUGCUGCGCAGCACCAGGCAGGGCGAGAUGGUGAGCGUUGUGGUGGCCCGGCAGGACGACAUCUUUCUGCCUCGAGAACUGAAAGAUGAAAAUGCUGGCGGUGUGGUGCUGGAGGACGGCAGGGAGCAGCUGAUGUAUGAGAUCCCCCUGAAUGAAACUGGUUCAGCAGGCCUGGGGGUCAGCCUGAAGGGGAACAAGUCCAGAGAGACCUGGAGAGGACAUGGGUUAUCUUCAUCAAGUCCCAUCAUCCACGGAGGAGCCGCUUAUAAGGAUGGCCGGUUGAGUGUAAAUGACCAGUUGAUAGCGGUGAACGGCGAAUCGCUGCUCGGACGCUCCAACCACGCCGCCAUGGAGAUGCUGAGACGCUCCAUGUCAUCAGAGGGCAACGCCAGAGGCACCAUUCAGCUUGUCGUGCUACGAGCUGCCAGACAGAUGAACACUGUCAACCCUGCGACAAGCUUUGCGCCCAACGGCACUGCAACCCAUCAGCUCAACCCCCAGACGAGCUCCAGGAAUCAGGAGCCUUGGGGCUACAACGGACCUGCUGCAUACCAGGGACCUGCACCAUCCUCCAGACCCUCAUCUGCUGAGCUCGUCAUGAAUGGUACAAAUCACACUCCAGUGAUGACCAAUAGUUAUGUGAACACCAACUCUGGCAGCGUGGCUCUUCCUGCUGCACAUGCCAGUGGCAGCUCCAGUCACUACGGCAACCACGAUCAAGAGUCUGUGGAAAACCUCCCCCGUUCUUUCUCCCCCAGCGCUGUGGAAGACAUGAAUAGAGACUUACCGCCAACACUCCAGAAGCACCGUGACUUUCAGAAGCCGCCUUACAUGGCUGCACCGCUCUACGCAAAGGAACCGCAGACCAACUUUGGAGACAACACACCUCGCAGCAGAGCAUCAAAGAGCAUGGACAUGCUGGCUGAUGAGAGCAACAUUGGAUCACUCGUAGGAGAGAGGAAUGAGCCUUCUGGUGGUGGGACGCUCGGCCCAACCCUGGGCCUCAUGAAGUCUAGUUCCUUGGAAAGCCUUCAGACCGCCAUGUCGGAAGCCAAGCAGAACCAUAUCCAAACCCACGUGCCCUUUCACCGCCCGCGGCCACAUAUGGUCCGGGGACGGGGAUGCAACCAGAGUUUCCGCAUCGCUAUUGACAAAUCUUAUGACGGCCGCUCUGAAGACGAUGACGAUCUGUCAGAGCAAAGCUCAGGUCAAGACACGCCCGCAAGCAGCUCGUCUCGCCAGGACCUGGAUGCAGAUGACGGCAAGAAGAAACCAGUAGGGAAAAAGAAAGAAAAGAAAGGCAAAGGAAAGAAGAAAGCAGAUGAUUCCUUGGAGGAUCUGGAGAAGAAGACCAAAAAGAAAGGAUUUGGCAUCUUAAGGUUUGGAAAGAAGAAAGAAGACAAGAGCAAAGAAGCUGCCAAAGGAACAAAGAACAAGCUGGAGGCCCUGAGCGAAGAAGAGCUGGACGGCUUCCCUGACAGCAGAGACGGCUCAGAUCCACGUUACACAGAGAUCACCUUUGAGCGCCUCACCCCCGACCCAGCCUCCCGUCUGGAAAUGGAAGACGACGAGGAUGACCCCAGCUACGCUCGCAUCGACAACUUCCGCCAGCCGCCUUCGCCUCAGCCGCCACCUCCACUCGCUCGGACGCCCUCCCCCCUCUUGGCAGCCGAAGAGCUGGAUGGGCUCUACGCCAAAGUUAACAAGCCCAGACCCACACCUGUUACACAGAAUCAGAACCAGAUGCAGGCAGACAGUGAUCAGCGUGUCCAGAUGUUGCGACGGGAGUACCAGCAGGUCCGAGCCAUUCCAGGCUACGAGGAGCUAGACACCGCCCACCGUAGAGUCCUGGAAUACAACCCACAACGGCUGGCGCCCAGAGGAGCCGACGCCCGACCACCAUGGCACUACGAAGAAGUGGACCGACAGUACCAAACGCAAUCCAGGAGGGAUCGGUAUGAUUACCCGACCAACAACAGGCUCGCCCUCUACCCCGGCUACCAACAUGACUCCAGUGCUCCGAGCCACGCUGGGCGCCUGCCGCUCCCCCAGCAGGGCACCCAAUCACAGCAAGUGCCAAACAGCCCUCCACACUAUAGUUCCUCUCCCCACCAGGGGCAGCAGCACCGCGCCGCAUUGAGGCAGGAUGUGCCCCCAUCGCCAGUCGCAGGCCGGAGAGGCCUCACCGACGGCUACCGGCAGGCUGGCCCCAGCCGCUAUAUGAGCCCAGAGAGGUACCCCGUCUCCAGGGAGCGCUACAAUAGCCCAGACCGCUAUGGUGAUGGAAGACAGCCCGAUCCAAGGCACAAAAACCCCAUGAUAGGUGCCGUGUAAAGGUGCCGUCCACUCAAUAUGUUCUGGGUCUUUAAAAACAACGAGGUGAGCUGAGGAUAAAAAUAGAAUAUUAAUAGCUCCAGUGUCAUGUUUCCAUAGUUGCGAGUCAUAAUAGCAGCUGUCACUUAGACUUUCAGUGUGGAUAAGUGAAAUUUUGUCAUGUUAAUUUGUCUGAGCAGGGACCCUGAAAGUAAUAAGUGACAAGUUGAGAGGCUAAAAUGAGGCUUAUUUAUUCAACCAUCUUAUCAUAAGUGUCGCCAAGACCGGUUUAACAAGCUUUUGUAAGUACAGUGUGUUUGGUUAUAAUGGCAUGUGCAUAGAACAACGCAAAUUACAGUAUGUUGGCAUAGAUUUUAUGUGUAAUUGAAAUUAAAGUGGUGUAGAUAAACUGUACAAAGAGAAUUUACGACUUUCAAACUCCAAUCGUUCCACGGCCUGCAAAGCCAAAUCCCUGGGCUCGCUGCGUGCACUUCAUUAGGUCGACAUUCCUGCAUCCAGUUACCCUAAUGCACUGACUUUACCUCAUUGCCACGUGCAAAAAAAAUGACUUCAUACCGCCUUUAGUUGGUUCCACGCAGCGAACGCCACCUAGCAGAGUGAUGCUGUAAAACCUGAGCAGGAAGUUGGACUGUUUGGAGCACUGGCACCACAUUUUUGGACAGAAUCACUGUUCCUGCAGAAAGGCCAAAAAGCAGAGUUCACUUCCACUUUGCAAAAGUUGGUCACCUUGAAUGGAAUAAAGGGACAACACCUGGACCCGGCAGACUACAAGACCGGAAGACAAACAGGAACAGGAAGUGGGGGUUGUGCCGCUUCAAAGUGGGGCUUUGCCGUUGAUGUUUUGGCGCUCGGACUUCCUUCCCUUCCCGUUAUCACGCGUGGGUGUGUUUUUUUUUGUUUUUCCAUAUUUUGUAUUAUUUCGAUCUGUAUGUUUUCUGUGCUUGCAAAUGAAGUUUAUUUGUAUUAAUGGUACUUUUUGUGCUCUUCCUAAUAAAAUGUAUAAAUCGUGA